AUGGCAGGUGGGGAACUUCAGGACCUUGUCGCCACAAGGGGUUGUGGGGAUAGUGUCCGUGUGAACAGAAAGGGAGCGGGCACACUCGUGGACAACAGGUCCAUAAACAGACCCGCCUUCGCCCUUCCCCUUCCAGCCUGCUGCCAGAUGGUGGAAGCGCUCCUCGCCGUGCUGAUCCUGAUCUGCAGCUCCGUGUCCUACGGGUCGACGGGAGGCUACACGGGCCUUCCCAGCCUGGGGGGCAUCUACUACUACCAGUACGGCGGGGCUUACAGUGGCUUGAGUGGAGCAGACGGGGAAAAAGCGCAGCAGCUUGACCAUCAUUUCUACCUAUUAAAGCUGCCAAUUGCAAGGGCAGCAAUGGCCGUGGGAGGGUGUCUCCUGGUCUUACCUUGCAUUCUUAUUUUGGUUGGUGUUCUACGGUUACCAUGGCAUUUCCCAGCAUGGCUGCUACUUGAAUGCAUCCUGGACAUAGGGAUUGCAAUUGGCAUAGUCCCUGCUCUGUACUAUUUCUUCCAUUUUCUGCUGGGGGUUUAUAAUUCAUCAGUGUGCAAGGAGAGAGAGCAGCUUUAUCAAAGCAAAGGCUAUCAGGGCUUUAGGUGCAGCCUGCAUGGGGCAGAGAUUGCUGCUGGCCUCUCAGGCUGCAUAGCUGUCAUGGCAUACCUGCUUAGUGCAGGCCUAUCUGUCAGGGGGUACAGAACAGUUCGCAAACUGAAACAGAAACCAGUAGAACUAUAUGAGCUUUAGAAUGAUUCCUGUGCUCCAGUAGUGGUCAUGAUUUUUGCCAACCUCCUUACCGAGACGAAAACAGUAUGCUUUUCCUUGCUUCUGGGCAGUGCAUCCUUAAUGCUGCAGCAGAACACUCACUGAGAGAGUAUAGCUCUAAAUGUGGUAGAGUCAAGCUGUUCCUAACCUGAAUUUGCAUUACUGAAUUAUUAGUGGACACAAAGGUAGUCCGAUGCAUUGUCUUCCUGUGGUGGCUGUCUCUUAGAGAAUGACUGUCCUCGUGUAGUUGACGACAAGCUGCCUGCUUCACAGGUAGCCUUUCCAUCCCUUCUGUCGGGUGUCUUGUUCUCCUCCAAUGAAGUCUUGCUAGAAGUACUGCUACUACAUACUUCUGCUGAUGAACAGCUUUCUGUAGCUGAAACUGUCUUUACAAAGGGCACGUGACUAUUCUCUGAGAACAGAGCUCUUAAAAAUGAGUGAUCGAGGCCCGUGGUUGUUGCAGCUGAUUAUUGCUUUCUUGUAGGUCUCCUGGAACUAACAGGGCAGUUUGAAUGUGGCAUUUAUAGAGCCAUCAGAGAAUCCUGAAAGAAACUUGCAAAAUGAUGAGUACAACUCAGCCUAAUUUGUGACACAAUGCCUUUUCAAACUCUCCUGGAGAGGGCACAUUUUUGUAUGAAACGGUCUUUUAUAUAACUUGUAUACAACAGUUUUGCUUAAAAAGAUGCCCUGAGUUGAGAUAAUCAGACAAAAGCUUUAAAAGCUCAAACAGGUGGUUCCAGAUAGAAGUAUAUUGUUUUCAAAAUAUAUUUUUAAU